UCCACGCUGCGAGGCUGGCUAGUCUCGUUCUCGUGUGGCUGGGCUGCAGGUCGCUCGCUUGCUCGCUGGCCUGCCUGGCGGGGAACUGCUUUUGUUUACAGCGGCGCUCUCACGGGGACUAGAUUCUGAUGCACUGAAUAUUCCGUGUGAAGUAAUCUGUGAAAAGAGAAAAGUUCAACUCUGAGAUAAAGACGCCAGACCAGAAAUGCGUGGCGCGAGAGUGAGUGACGUGAGUGACAAGUAACUGUCGGAGCGGCGUGCGAGGCAAGCGCCGAGUGUGCAGCGCGGGCGGGCGGGCGUGCAGUGUCCCUGCGGGCGGGGUGAGAGGAGCCUCCCAGAUGAAUGGUGAAGAUACGGAGCGUCGACGGGCCGAGGGGGUCCCCGCCGCCACUGGGACCCCGCGGCGGCCCCCCAGAUAGGGCAGCCCGGGGCCGCGGCGCGCCGGGAGAGCACAAGGACCGUGCUGCGACACCGCGCAGGAAGUGCCAGCUGGUGAGCGUGAAGGAGGAGGAGGAGGAGGAGGAUGGGGAGGUCUUGCUCAGGAAGGACGGGGAUCCCGACGAGCGGUGCGACGCCAGGAAGAUCGAAGGAUGCGAGGCCGCCCACAAGGCAGGCGUGAGGGCCGAGGGGAAGGCCCCCGAGGAGGGCGAAGGCAAACUCGAGGGCGGGGAAGUGGUCGGACCUUCGUCGACGUCGUGGCUGUCCUCCGACACGCUGUGCCUGCUGUUCUGCUGCAAGCGGGAGCCCCAGGAGGAGAGGCAGGAGGAGCAGGAGGGCGCGGAGAUGGCCGUGUACCGGGUGGCCUGCGGGAUCCACCGGGGCCGACACCUGGUGCAGGCGCUCCUCAUCCAGGCCGGCGACUUUAGCAGCACCACCACAGAGGACGAGGACGAGGAGGACGUGAGCGAGUCCGGCCGCGACGACGUGUCCAACACCCUGAAGGUGCUGACGGCCAAGCUGGAGGACUUGCGCACGUGCCACGACCUCAUCAUGAAGCAUGGGGCGGCGCUGCAGAAGUCCCUGGCCGAGCUGGAGGCCCUGGACAACACGCAGGACCUCACCGCCAAGAUCAAGACGGUCAACGAGAGGGCCACGCUCUUCAGGAUCUCGUCCAACGCCAUGAUAAACGCUUGCAACGACUACGUGGAUGUGAGUGGCACUGCUGGGCGCAAAUGGCAGCGUCUCUUGCAGCAUGAGCGUGACCAACGAUUGAGGCUGGAAGAUAUGGUGGAGCAGUUGGCCCGCCAGCAUUCACAUCUUGAGCAGGAGGCCAAGGAACAGAUGAAUCAGGCCAUGCCACCAGGGCUGCAAGGUCCCGUACCCAGCUCGGCACCAGUAGCUGUCAAUGAAUACCGACCUCCAGAUCCAAACCCUGAACAGGUGAAGGAAGUACUUUCAGGUCACAGCCACAGCGAGGAUGAGGAGGAGAAUGAGUUCGAGGAUGCAGUGGAAGAGUUGGCAGAGAAUUUCAUUGUGCAUGUAAAUACAAGUCAGGCACACCGAAGGUCUAAUUCCAAUGUUUCUCAGGCGUCAGAAGGGCACGGUGUAGGAGACACAGUGUCCGCAUCCAGCAGCGAAGGAGACGGGCAGGACAACACCGUCCAGGUCAUCAUGAGGAAAGACAACAAUACAGACAGUAGUUAUAGCUUAAGUGAUGAAAUGGCAAGCUUGAAUGGAUCCCAAGCCACAACGCCCACUGAUGGUGUUGUCGCGCAGGCGAAUGGCCGGCCUAAGCGCCAGCGCAGAAUACGUGUCCCCGAUAAGCCCAAUUAUCCCAUUAAUUUGUGGUCCAUUAUGAAGAACUGUAUAGGCAAGGAACUCUCGAAAAUACCCAUGCCGGUAAACUUUAGCGAACCUUUGUCCUUCUUGCAACGAUUAACAGAAGAUUUUGAAUACUCGGACAUCUUGGACAGAGCAGUUCAGAUCGAGGAUUCAUGCGAACAGUUGUCCCUCGUUGCUGCGUUCACCGUUUCAUCGUACGCAACAACUGCAGUGAGAACCGCCAAGCCUUUCAACCCACUUUUAGGAGAGACCUACGAGUGUGAUCGCACCGACGACCUUGGUUGGAGGGCUCUCAAUGAACAGGUGUCGCACCACCCCCCCAUCGUGGCGCAGUACGUGGAGGGCACUUCCGGGUGGCACAGCUGGCAGGAGUUCUCGAUGUCGUCCAAGUUCCGCGGGAAGUACCUGCAGAUCAUCCCGCUGGGCAUCGCGCACCUCAAGUUCCUCGCGUCCGGGAACCACUACACUUGGAGGAAGGUGUCGACCACCGUGCACAACAUGAUCGUGGGGAAGCUGUGGCUCGACAACCACGGCGAGAUGGAAAUUGUCAACCACAAGACUGGAGACAAGUGUUGCCUUAAGUUCAUUCCGUACUCCUACUUCUCCAGGGAGAUUCCAAAGAAGGUAACAGGCUAUGUUGUGGACAGCGAAGGUACAUUUAAGUGGUUCAUCACAGGCACUUGGGAUGAGAAGAUAGAAGCUUGCCGAGUGACCUCUCAGUCGAUGAGGGCAGGCAAGCCGGUGUAUGAGACUGGACCACCAAAAGUUCUGUGGAAGAGGAAUCCAAUUGUGCCUGACUCAGAAAAAUACUACAACUUCACCAAAUUGGCCUGCCAGCUCAACGAGCCAGAGGAGAACGUCUCGCCGACUGACUCCCGACACCGGCCCGACCAGAGGCUGAUGGAGGAGGGGAUGUGGGACGAAGCAAAUGCCGAGAAGUUGAGGCUCGAGGAGAAACAACGAGCGACUCGGCGCAGACGGGAAGCGGAGGCCGAGCAGGCAGCAACUGAAGGUCGUGAAUAUCCUCCCUACUGUCCAACAUGGUUCGUAAAGGAGACGGAUGACGUCACAGGGGCUCUCAUCUUUAGGUUUACGCAUGAAUAUUGGGACUGCAAGGAAAAGCAGGAAUGGUCAAGAUGUCCAGACAUAUUUUAGUCCACGGACAGUGUCUAGUACCUGCCUUAAUAUAUUGCAAUUUUUUUCUCUGCCGCCCAACUGAUUUGGGAUGGGCCAUCUGGAGGCAAUGUUGUCCAGUGCAUCAAUUGGUCUAAUCAUACGUGAGGUACAAUGUCUUGGAAACUUGUAACUAAGGAAUCUGUGAAAGUUGGAAGUUCAAUGAUGGGGUCAUCUUUAUUAUUGGUUGACUUUAUAUAUAUCAUUAUUGUAUUUUAUUUUAUUAUUUUUUAAUAUUGAAUUGAAAAGACCAGUAUUGCAGCCAAAUUAAUUUGCAAAAGGAAAUACAAUUGUUUUUAUAUAAAUUAAAGGAUAUAUAUAUAUAUAUAUAUAUAUAUAUAUAUAUAUAUAUAUAUAUAUAUAUAUAUAUAUAUAUAUAUAUAUAUAUAUAUAUAUAUUGAGUCCUAAGCCCUUGUAACUUGUUCAUAAAAAGGACGUCUCCAAGGCAAGGCCUAGUUACGACAGCUCUAGGAGUCCUCAGCAAGGCUCGUGUGCACUUUAACACAGUGACAUGUUUUCUCCAUAUCAUGGACUCGGAAGUACCUACCAAGACUCCUGGUGCUAAUGCUUAUGUUUUAACCACAGUCUGGGGGUACUUCUCAACUUGUGAUCCAUAUUAUAUGAUUGAAGUGACUGUAAAAGAGUUGAAAAGAAUGGUGUUCAAAUUGAAAAGUGACUUUUAUAAAAGAGUUUAAAAUGUAGUUUAAUGGGCCAGCUGUGAAUGGGAUGUGGCAUGAGACAUAUAUAUUGUAUGUUAUGUUAUAUAAAGUGUUCUCAGUUUGUAAGGCAUACAUUCUGGCUCAAGCCAAUGCCUUGUUGAGUUAGGUGUAAUUUAUGAUUUAUUAGAAUAAUGGGGCUUGUGCAACUCUUGCAGUGUCAGCUGCCCAAUUGUACAGUUGUAUUUUUUCCAAUUAUUCCCAAUUUGUAUUUGUUUAGGAACAUGUAAAAUAACAGGUGAAUAUAUUUUUUACCUUACCUAGGAAAUAUACUAUACAUUUCUCUAAUAUUGUUUUGUGGCUGUAUCAGCUGUUGACUGUCAGCAGUUCUGUAAUACUUUCUAACAAAGGUGAAAGAUUACUUAUUUUCAGACAGAUGGAAGGUCAGAUGGCUGGCUGCCCAAAAGUGUUUGGGAGAGUCAAUUCCUUACUGAGUAUUGCUUGUUAAGAACAUACUGUGUUGAUUUAUGAAGAGAACUACUUGUCUGGAACUUGAUCAGAAUUCUGUUUACCAAAAAAAAAAAAAAAAAAAGUAAUGAUAAAAAUAAAAUAAAGACACAUUUCACCAUUUUGUAGUAGGGAUCUGCUGGUGAUACUCUCUUGUUGUUAAUGGUGAUGUUAUACUGCAGAUUAACAUAGUUUUUGAAAAUUUCUAUUUAAUGUUUUUUUGUUGCUUUUAUCUAAAGAAAACACUAAUUUUAAUCAGCUCAGAUUUUGAGGAUUUUAUGAUCUGCAAGAAGAAAAGAACUGCACAUAGAUAUAUUAAUAGACAUGAAGACUCUGUUAUCUGUUGCCCCAUAUUUUUUUUCUCUUUAUAGAUAAUGCAGUAGGCAGGUGUUAACUGAUCAAUAAGUUAACAUGUUGCAGUCAUUUUUAGAUGUGGCCAUCUGUCCUUGUAAUCUUAUUGUUUGCCAGUGGUUUCGGGGAGAUCAAAUUGAUACAUGCUCAAAAUUUCUUUAUUUUGUGGUUGGAGCUACAGAUUCGAUUGGUUAAAAUUUGUCGUACGUGGAGCCACUGGUUGCAUCGGUCAGCUGCUGUCCCUCACUGCAGAAAUCUAUUCCUUUUUUAACUAAACAAUUAUCAACCAAAUUUGAUUUGCAUCCUAUGACUGCUCAAAGAAGCUUCUGGCUUCCCCUAACUUGUCACAGAUUUUAUUUUUUUUUUUUUAUGUAUUUAUGCAUUUUUUCUUUAGGAAAUGAAAUGAAAGAAAUAGUUUUUGUGCUUUGUGUACUGGUAUUAGUUAUGUGAUUAACUAGGUUAUCACAAAGCUUUUUGAUUGUCAUUUAAAUAUCACAAACUCAGAAGUUGGAUAGUCAUGGUUAUAUAGUGUGCAAUUCUUCAUCUCCUCAGCUCCUGGUCUUGUUGCUUGGGAGUAUUUCUUUUGAUACACAAUGUUGUUCUGAGGUAUCUGUGGUCCAAGGGUUUCCCUGUUGAUCCAGGAUUUAAUUGUUAUCCCUAAGAUAUUCCUGCUGCUGCAGGGUGUCUGUUGCAUUAUGAUACCUCUUUGUCCCACAUAUAUAUAUAUAACUGGAGCUAUGAGGUAUCCCCACAGCUCUAGGACUAAAUUGUCUCGAUGAUAACCAGACAUAGUGGCCGAGUAGCUAGAGUUCCAAAGCAGUUUUAGCGUAACAAUUAUGUGUAGCCUAUUUCCUCCAUGGAUGCGUUAUAGGUAUGUAAUUUGUUACUGUGAGCUUUCCUCUGCCUACUCGGUAAGUGCUACAUUGAUAUCAAAUGUGCUGGGAAGAACUAUUGUGAUUUUUGUAGUCUUUUUGUCAGGUUUGUUCUUUUUUUUCUUCUUUUUUCACUUCAAGGAAUAAAGCCCCCUGAAGAUGACUUCAAGUGUCAUAAUAGUUAGUCUCUUCACACCUAGUUUGCCUGCUUGUGAUAAACCAAGGAAACAUAUGAGAGUAGGAGCAACCAAGGGCUCAGUAGGAAUACUAGACACCUUCAUCUGUACAUAUUCCCAUGUUAGGGGUGUGUGCUGACCAAUGGUACAGUCGGACCUCAUUAACACUGAAGUCCCCUCAUUUUGCUUAAUCUGUUUCGUUGAUUAACUCUUGCUUGAAUAACCAGAUCUGUAUUUGGAGAUCACCAUUUGAAUGAUAUAUUUUGCCUUGGAUUCUUGUGGUCAGUCUUAAUGAGGUUUACCUGUAAAAUGUUAGAGAACUUAGCAUCUUGAUUGAAUGGACUGAUUGAUGAUGUGCUCUUGUUGAAGCUUUAUAUGAGGAGAUGAAAAGUCUCCUGUUAUUUUGAUGUAUGGCUUUUCAUGAACAUUUUAAACAUGAAUGAUUGGCAUCUUUAGGGGUAUUUUGAUUCCAAUGUAAGAAAAAUCAGCACUGAUAGUUUCCCAGAUGAUCAGUGCAUUCAUAGUUUCAAACACCCAUCGUGGCAGUCGUGUUGCUGCUGGUCAUAGUACUUUUACAAGGGAAAUAUUGUCUCAUGAGAGAUAUUGUUGAAUGGGAAUAUUUAAGAGUUAUUAUCAGUACAUUAUUCUUACAUAUAUAGUUUGUAUGAUGCGUUAAUUGCUUUUGUGAUAUACAAGAGAAAAUAAAAUGGGAGACUAGUAUUA